UCUAACAUGGAAUCCAAAUCAAAAUCUACCGUUAGUUAUACCUUAUUCUUGUACCGCGAAGAAUUGCGUCGUAAUCAAACACAUUAUAUACGUUUGAAUCGUACGAAAAUUUCACUUACCGAUAAAUUGAUAUCGAAAAGUGUGCGCAAUUUGGAAAAAUGUUCAAUGGAAGAUUUGCAAGCCAUCAACCGAGAAAUUUUAUUCAAAAAGAAAUUAAAAUAUCAAGUGCAAAGGAUCAGGAAUUUGGAAAAGCUGGGUGUGAAAAAUGUUAAUCCAAAUCAAUUGCCCACCACGGAAUUGUGA